GACGUUGGGGCUUGCAUGGAUAUCAACAUCAGAGCUGUGUAAUUUAACAAUUUAUAUCUCUUUCUAAAACGCACAGUAUUUUACAGACACACGUCAUAACCCUAUGCUAGACCAGACCCGUACAGAGCCAGAGCGGAAACCCCUCCCGAAUCCCAGCUCCGGCAGCCGAGCAAAAGAAAAGAGGAAUACCAAGAAAUCAGGAAACAAGGAGAAAUAACAGGAGAAAAGAAACUAUCAUAAUAAAGAAAUAUGCAGAACUGAGGGUGACUCUCCAUCCUCCCGGCCCGGCGAAGUGUGAGACUAAACAGCGUGCCUUGAGGAAAAGGGAAGGGAAGAGGGACGAUGGGGUUCGGACGGGACCUGGGGAACUCCCACGACGGGCUGUUGAAGCUGCAGGACUGGGAGCUGAAGCUGCUGGAGACAGUGAAGCGCUUCAUGACGCUACGGGUGAAGAGCGACAAGGAGUACGCCUCACUCCUCCUCAACAUCAGCCAGCAGGUGGACAAGCACGACAACUCCUCCCAGAUGGACUACAUCAGCAACGUCUCCAAGUCUUGGGCCCACAUGGUCCAGCAAACGGAACAGUUGAGUAAGAUCAUGAAGUGUCACGCGGAGGAGCUGAACUCUGGCCCUCUGCACAGACUCACCAUGAUGAUCAAAGACAAGCAGCAGGUCAAGAAGAGCUACCAGAGCAUCCACACACAGAUCGAGUCCGAGAUGAACAAGGUGACAAAAAGUGACCUAGAAAAGUUAAAAGGCACCUACAGACAAUUAACGAAGGAUGCCCACAGUGCCAAAGAAAAGUACAGAGACGCAAUGGUGAAAGGCAAGGAGCCGGAGAAGGCGAGGGAGCGCUACGACAAGGCCACCAUGAAGCUCCACAACCUCCACAACCAGUACGUGCUGGCGGUGCGGAGCGCCCAGCUCCACCAGGAGCACUACCACGACACCACGCUGCCCCUCCUCCUCGACUCCCUGCAGAAGAUGCAGGAGGAGAUGAUCAGUGCACUGAAGGGGAUUUUGGAAGAAUACAGUGAAAUCACCAGUCUCUUAACUGAUGAAAUAGUGAAGGUCCACAAAGAAAUCCACACCUCCAUCGACCAAAUUGACCCUGUGUCAGAGUAUGAACACUUCAUUGAGGUUCACAAGUCUCCAGAAACCAAAGAACCGAAUGUAGAAUUUGACGUUUCACUGUUGGAGGAAACAGAGAAUCUUCAAGCAAAUGAGAUCCUAUGGAACAAUUUGACUGCAGACAGUUUACAAGCGAUGCUGAAAUCCACAUCAGAUGAGCUGGGCCUCACUCAGCAGAGCCUACGCACCAAGGAGGAUCUCAUGCAAGAUCUAGAGAACAAGCUUGAUGAGUCCACCAAAACAUGUGAAAAGAAGUCUGAUGUGGUGCUGCUGCUCAGUCAGAAGCAGUCUUUGGAGGAGCUGAGGCAGACAGUCCAGUUGCUGCGCUGCACAGAGGCCAAGCUGGGCGCCCAGAAGGACCUGCUCGACCACAAGAUGCAGGAGAACGAGGGCAAGGAGCCUCCCCCCAUGGUCAACUACGAGGACGACGCACGCUCCAUCAACUCCAUGGACAAAGGCAAAGACAGGACAUCAAAGUUUGACACCUUGCGUCAUUCCUUCGCUGGCAUCAUCCGCUCUCCCAAAUCAGUCCUUGGCUCAUCAUCGCAGUUUUUCGACGUGAUCCCAACCAGUGAGAAGCCCCUGGGGGACCAGGAGUGGUACCAUGGGGCCAUCCCCAGGACCGAGGCCCAGGAGUUGCUCAAAGAGCAGGGAGACUUCCUGGUCCGGGAGAGCCACGGCAAGCCUGGCGAGUACGUCCUGUCUGUCUUCUCCGAGGGACAGCGGAGACACUUCAUCAUCCAGUUUGCAGACAACCAGUAUCGUUUUGAAGGCACUGGCUUCCCGACCAUUCCUCAGUUAAUUGAACACCAUUAUACUUCAAAGCAAGUUAUUACCAAGAAGUCUGGGGUGGUGCUUUUAAACCCAGUCGUCAAGGAUAAAAAAUGGAUACUCAACCACGAGGAUGUUAGUCUUGGAGAGCUUCUUGGCAAAGGCAACUUUGGUGAGGUAUUCAAAGGAACGUUGCGGGACAAGACUCCUGUGGCAGUCAAAACAUGUAAAGAGGAUCUUCCACAGGAGCUGAAGAUUAAGUUCCUAUCAGAAGCCAGGAUCCUAAAGCAAUAUGACCAUGCAAACAUUGUGAAGUUGAUAGGCGUUUGCACACAACGACAGCCUAUUUACAUUGUGAUGGAGCUAGUGUCAGGAGGGGACUUCUUGUCGUUUCUACGGAAGAGGAAGGAAGACCUGAAGACCAAACAGCUGGUGAAGUUUGCUUUAGAUGCUGCUGCAGGAAUGGCUUACCUCGAGCUCAAAAACUGCAUCCACAGGGAUCUGGCGGCCAGGAACUGUCUGGUGGGAGAGAGCAACCUGCUGAAGAUCAGCGACUUUGGGAUGUCAAGGCAAGAGGACGAUGGGAUCUACUCAUCGUCUGGCCUCAAACAGAUCCCUAUCAAGUGGACGGCUCCAGAGGCUUUGAAUUAUGGGAGAUACAGCUCAGAGAGUGACGUGUGGAGUUAUGGCAUCCUCCUAUGGGAAACGUUUAGUCUAGGAGUGUGUCCUUACCCUGGGAUGACCAACCAGCAGGCCAGAGAGCAAGUGGAGAAAGAUUACAGAAUGUCCUGUCCAACAAAGUGCCCUGAGGAGAUUUACAAAGUCAUGCAGAAGUGCUGGGAGUACAAACCUGAAAACCGGCCGAAGUUCGCCGACCUUCAGAAAGAACUGGCCUCGAUCAAGAAGAAAUAGCAACCUGGUAGGGGAAGGUGGACCAGGUCAUGUCAUCACGUCCAGGGGAUCACCCCAUUACAACCCGAGAGAAACACCACAGAACGUUACAGCCUUGAUGCUACUUUUUGUGAUUGUACUCACGGUGUAUACUUUGUCACAAAAAUCACUGUGUUAUUUGCCUAGGCAACUGUUUUGAGCCAUUAUCAAGGAGAGAUAUCUCUGCUUAGCUUGGAUCAUUGUCAAAAUAUGACAGUAUUAUUUUUAUUUUUUACCUGGUGUUCUUUUAUUUCUGCAACUAAAGGUGUUUUGAGACAAAACCACGCAAACAUGUGUACAAUAGAUACAAUCGAUCAUGCUCCAUUGCACAUAUGACUUCUGUAGUUUUUGCUAUUGGGCAUCACUCGGGCAUAGCCACGAUAAUGAGAAAUGUCAACGUUUCUAGGUUUUUUUAGGGCCCUGAGUUUGGGCCUUUUAAGGUUACAUGAGUAAUAUGAUUACUUGAAAAUGCAAAGGAGUCUUGUGCUCUGUGUAAAAUACUAAUGUGUAGAUGCACUCUGUAGCUCAUUUCAGUCUUCAGAGACAGAUUGUGUUUGAGAACCUGUUCUCUUUACCAGCAGUUCCUACCCAAGGACGUAACAAUUUAUACCUAAGGGUAUAGUGUCCUGUUUUUGUCUCAAGCUUGACUUUUCGACAUUCAGCAGUAAGUAUUUUCUUCUUCCUGUAAAGUCUUAUUGUGAUGUGACAGUUUGAGUUGAGAUCUGCAAAUCAUUUCUGUCCAAAGAUCUCGUAAAGUUUUCUCUUCACGCCCACCAUUUAAUCGAGAAAACCUUUUGAGUUUAACAUACAAGGAUAAGUGCAAUUUGUGACACCCUUUUCCUAUAAUUAUUUGGGCUUUGUAAUGUAGAAAUAUUGCAAUAAGGCUGUUUAUUUAUAAUUAAUAUAAUUUUACUUUGAAUUAUUCAAUGUUUUAGACCCUCCAGAUUGCUGGCUAUUUUCUACGUUUUGGUCUCUGUCAGUUGUUACAAGCUCAACACUCAUAAUUUGAAAAUGAUCAUAACUGUUCUAUCUGACGUGAAAUGUGAAUGUAGCAUUUUGUCCACUUUUACAUAGCUCCGAGAGUUGUAAGGAGCUCCAGUUUUCAUGCAUUCAUUUUUUAUAUUUUUUACUUCCAAUUUUUUAAUAAAACUACUGUUGUACAUCGUUGAUAGACAUGCAUUCAGAAAUGAACAGUGAACUUGUUUUCAUGAAGUAUACUUAGGGCCAGGAGUUGUAUCUGACCAUGUGACAUGACCAGGAGAGACUCUGGGGCCUAGUCUAUGCCUGGUCUACAGUUGUCCUGGCAAGGUAAUUCUCCUGCCCCUAAUAUAGUGUAUUCGCUAUUCCAGCCACUCCUGUAUGAUGUCAUUUCUCUGAGGGUGCCAUGUUGUUUCUAUGUAAACCAAGCUCCUUCUUGCCAUUUGUGUUGACAGCCCAAGCGUGUCUUCAAAAGCAUCUUCUGUGAAGUAACACAUCACAUCCAUUCAUGAGUUUCACUCCUAUUAGAAUGAUGGAACUCUUGUCUUCCAAACUUUAAAAUGAAACAUUCCUCCUCCUGUAUUUUGUAAAUACUUUUUUAUGCAAAUGUAGAUCACGUUUUAUGUGUGUAUCUCUAUUGGAAGUGUUUCUUCCAAUGAUGUAUUCUAUAAAGAAAACAUUGUCUGUAUCGUCAUGAUUGUUUGUACAUUUUUAGUAUAUGUAUAAAUGAUUUUUGGAAAACUCCUCUUUCCUAUCCUUUAUACAAUGUCUCCUGCUCACCUAUGCUGUAUCCUCAUCUUUCUGUGUCACAAAUGACACCCAACUCCACAUAUAGUGCACUAAUAUGCAAAAGGUAGUACACUAUAUGGUGAAUAGGGUGUCAUUUGAGACACUGCCUUUGGUUUGUAGACUGGUGUAACAGUUGUUCAUUCAUUUCUCGUCAAAUUACCUCCUGAAUUGUUUUUUUUAGCAUUCCAGACAACCUAGUAAGAAAAAUGAAUAGGCGAAGGGUGCUUACAUCUUAACUACUGGUUGAUGAGCACAAAUAAGAUAUCUGUUUAAACACAUUUGAAAGGCAUACACCUUUUUCAGUAACUCUCUUAUUUAUUUGAGACACUUAAAUAGUAUCCUUAGCAUUUUGUAUUAAAAUAUUUGCAUUUGUUUUUAUAGAAUUUGUUCUAUGGUUUAAUUUGUUUUUUAAUUUGUAUUCUUCUUGUACCAAGUCUAGAUUUCCCCAUGAGUAGUUAAAAUCUGCUCUACAUUACUGGUCAAUACAUUACACUUGUGUUGAAUGAAGUUGUCUUUCAUUUUGUUACUCAUUUAUUUUUUGAGUGAAAGUAUAUUUAAGCUUCACAAUUCAAUGUGAAUGUCUUGUGCUGCAUUAACGUUAGCAUUCUGGUAUGUACUCCCAAGGCCAACUUUACAGCAUUCGAAGGUAUGUGCAUUACUGAGCUCUUUCUUUUCCUAAAGUAUAUUGUUAUUUGAUUAUAUGCGUCAGACUAAUUUAAAGAGCUGGGAUAUUUAUUGCCACAAGAGACCUUAUAUAUUUUGAUUGCACUUUUGGCCAUGUUAAAAAGACACUGACAAGGCACAAUAGUACUGUUGUGUCAACUAGUGUUUAGCCCAACAUAUCCUUCCCUAUUAAGAAAGACCAUAUCUAAAGUAACAAGUGGACAAUGCACUGGAUUUAAAAUGAUUAUCAAAUUGUUAUACUUAGCCCAUAUUAGAGUAAAUAAAAACUAGCUAGUGUGGUUGUAAUUGAAAAAUGUCCUUAAAUGUGUUCGCCGUUACACACCUGGAAAGGAACGCCUGUAUAUGCCCCCUUGUUAGCUUUCACAACCUUGAUGACCAUGGUAUGUCCAGUCAAUGUCUAAACCUCAAUGUUUAUACUGUGUACUUGCAAUAAAAUCUCUUUUGGCUCUUUGAAUUCAA